GUUGAAAUUUGCAAAGAGCCCUUUUUGUAAGCGUUAAACCCUAAACCCAAUUUUUUUUUUAAAAAAAAAUAUCUGGGUUUUUUUGGGAAUUUCUCAUUAGAAAUGAAGAUGGAGAAAAGUUCGUUCCUUUCCAUGAACAAAAGGCGGUCCAAGAGAGGUGAAAGAGAAGUGGGUGAGGGACGAUGUCCAAGUCUUGCAAAGGGUUGGCCAUGGAGCUAGUAAAGUGUCUCAGUGAAUCUGAUUGUGUAAAGGUUGAGAAGAGAUCAUAUAAGGAAUGCGUUGGAGAGAAGAGUCCAUGCAUACCAAGUGAGUGUGCGGGACUCAGGGAAACCUAUUUCAAUUGCAAGAGAGGCCAGGUUGACAUGAGAGCUAGGAUUCGUGGAAACAAAGGCUAUUAAUGAUCCCAUCAUACAUUAGAAAAAUUCUGUAGUUGUUCUGUCCAGUUGAGGUUCUUUCAGUUUUUAGCUCAAGAUGAAGUCAACAAAAGUAAAAGAAGAGGGUGAAUAAGAGAAAUUGGAGGCAUUGCUAAUUGUUUGAUUUGAUGGCAUUGUAAGCUACGCAUGCUCAUGACAGCAACAAUUUUGCUUUUAGAGAGAUCAUUAAUAUAAACUCUAUCUAGUAAUUAACAUAGUGCAUGUACAUUCACCUACAUUCUUGAAUGACAGAUUCCCUUUCCUCUUAUGAUAGUUCCACUAAGGGUGAGGCUUGUAGGAUGCUCUAAGUGAUAGUUUCAAGAUUUGUUUGUCAUAAUUCAUGCAUCUCCAUUAUGUUAUACAGUAUGGUCCCUCUACUUACCUCUCCAUGAUUCCUGAACACUUCCUUUCUCAAGAUAAAGAGGAAUAAAAAGGGGUUUUGGACUAUUGGCACUUCAAUUUGUCAGUCCACACUCUAGUAUUGACACUUAA